CCGUUCUGUCUAUCUUCAUUGUCUGUGAGAUAAGAAUAAGGUCAUAAAAUGGUCACAUGUUACAUACUUACUGAUAAAAAAAAAUUGAAAUCGUGAUUGGACUCUCUUUGGAGUUAAACUUUGUUAGCAACAUGAUAGGAGUGUCUCUUUUCUUUGUUAUUGUAUUGGUCGGUGUUAGCAGUGGACAAAACUGUGGCUCCCUUACCACUUGUUCACAUCAGCAUAAGUCGCCAGUAUGCGGAAGCAAUGGGGUAACAUAUUCCAAUUAUUGCUACCUGACCCACGCAAUAUGUAUAUAUAAACAACAGCACCGUCACCUGGCCUUGGCCCAUUCUGGUUCUUGUCACCACGCGACAUCUGCUACACAUAUUGACCUCAAACACUGUGAUUUAAUCUGUGAUGAAGAGCAUCCCACCCGGCAGGUGUGUCUUAGUAACGGACAAACUUAUGCAUCACAGUGCGAUGCUAACAAUGCCAUAUGUAACGCUACACACAGUAACGGCACCCACUUGUCUGUUGUAAGUAAUGGACCAUGCCUCGACCUGCAUAGCUCCUGUGUAGAUGUAAACCACCAACAUACAUGUCCUCACACAAACGAAUAUGUAUGUGCUACUAAUGGAUAUACAUAUGCCAACGAAUGCUACCUGAGAACAGCCCAAUGCAGACUUUUAUCUUCCCUCAACGCCGCUGAUCCAAUUGAGAUUCUGCAUGAAGGCAAGUGUAAAGACAAUUCAACGGCACAGUCUAGAAAUGUUGACUGUACCAAGUACGCGGACAUGAGUUACGCGGGAUCAAUUCCAGUUGCUGUCGAAGGCGGUGUCGAGCAGAUUGUCAAGAUAAACCAUUGUAACCAUACAUCGAACACAUAUGUGUGUGCUGAUGGAUUUACAUACGGGAGUGAAUGUAGUCUUUGUCAUAGAAUGGCAACAAUGCAUAAAAUUACAUACACAGAACUGAACGUUGCAAUCUCGUAUGAUGGAAGAUGUCAUCAUCAGAUCAUUAUUGGAUAGAAGCAGAGGUUUUCAUGAAAUGUGCAUUGUUACAUUGUUGUGUUAUGAGAAACAAAAAAAACAACAACAACAAGACCAUUGUU